AGCGCGUCGAGCGGUCGAGCCGCCGUCGACUGCCAGUCUGAGCCUGACUGGCGGUGCAGGAGGAGUGGCGUUGAGUCCAUUCACCUCAUCUUCGUGUGCACGCGGGGGAACUUUCAUCCCACAACAUAUCGCGCAGUGUUAAGCAAACAAAAACGAAAAAUCCUCGUGGUUAACGAUUUACCUGAAACAAUAAGGGUGGAUCUUGAGGUUCCAUUGCACGUGCUUGCGGCGGAGUGUUAUGUGAAGGGCGGCUGAAGGAGUCUGGCUGCCGUGAGUCAGUGAAAGAGUGGUCAGUGCAGCAAGAUGGCUCAUCCUUCGCUUCUCAAGAGCAUUGGGGACACGGUGCAGGGACACGAGGGGCCUGUCCAGCUCAACGAGGUGUGUGGUCCUGACAAGGUGCUCGGCCUCUACUUCUCGGCCCACUGGUGUCCCCCGUGCAGGGUGUUCACGCCUCAGCUGGUGGCGUUGUACAAACACCUGAAGGAGAACACCAAGCACCAGCUGGAGGUGAUCUUGGUGAGCAGUGACACGGACGAGACUGCCUUCACGGACUACUUCAGGGACAUGCCGUGGCUCGCUCUGCCCUUCGCCGAGACCAAAAGAAAGGUUCGGCUGUCCCGCCAGUACCGCGUGACGGGCAUCCCCUGCCUGGUGCUCAUCGACAGCCGCAGCGGACAAGUCAUCACCAGGGCGGGGCGGGAGAAGGUAACUGGCGACCCUGAAGGACACCACUUUCCUUGGAGGCCGCGACCCGUCGGUGACAUCCUGGCAGCCUCCCGCUUGGUGGAUCCUCAAGGUCAAGAGGUUGCCUACGACGCCAUCAAGAGUGCCUACAAGGGCCUCUACUUCUCCGCCCACUGGUGUCCGCCCUGCAAAGCCUUCACUCCUCAGCUAGUAGCCGCUUACGAGAAGAUGAAGAAGAAGGAGGAGAAUUUUCACAUGAUUUUCAUCAGUUCGGACAGGAGCGAGGAGUCAUGGAGGACGUACCAUAACAGCAUGCCGUGGCCCAGCCUGGCGUGGGAAGAGAAGGAGGCGCGGAAUGAGCUCGCAAGUAGCUUGGAGGUGAACGGCAUUCCCACCCUGGUGGUGCUGGACCCGGACAACUCUGUCAUCACCACUGACGGCCGCUCACAGUUUUCUGAUGACUCCACGCUGGAGAGGUUCCCGUGGCGGCCGCAGAGCGUGGAGGUGUUGGGGGAGCGACACACGGGCAAGCUGCAUGAGAGUCCCUGUCUGGUUCUCUUCACAGACGGGGAUGCGACGGAGCUACAGUUUGGGAGGGACGUGCUGUUACCUGUGGCUGAGGAGUACCUGCUGGAACACUCAUACCAGGGAGGGCUCACGCUGCAUUUUUUCGUCGCUGGGGAGGACGAGGUGGCAGACAGUGUGAGGGAUUACGCGUGUCUAGAGGACGUGGUGCCUCUGGUGGCUAUCUUGGACUUGGCCGAGGGGUCCAAGUUCUUGCUUGAAGAUGGUGUCGAGGUAUCCACCGCCACCGUCCACAACUUCGUCACCAGAUACACACAUGACAAGCUUAAGCCUCUGCCCAUCAGACCAGGCGCCGCUGAGGCCACUGGCGCCAGCUAACACCACCCACUGCCUUAUGGAACAAUAUAAGGCAAAAGGAUGGAGUCUUCUUUUAGAGCGAAACUUGGAUUUUAACUUUGUUAUUACAUUAAUAUUGUACUUGCAUAAGGUCUGUGUCACGGAUAAAUGCAGAAAGUGUUGUAGUACAUAUUUAGCUAUGUUUGUGAUUAUAUCAGACUAUUUCAUAGAGAUUUGUGUUGAAUUUGAUAUGAAUAUAACUAAUAAUUAUUAUUGUAAGAAAA